UUAUAUGAUCUGGUGGGUUUCACUUAAAGGGAAUGGUUUCCCUUUAAGUGGUGAAAUGAAAAUCUUUUAAUUAUCUACACCGCUUACUCUCUUCAGAGCCAGUAUUGUCGCCGCAUUCACAUACUAGAAAGUGGGAAGGCUUGCUGAAGCAAUCCGAGAAAUCCAAGAAGAGAAAGUCAGGGGGGUUAAAAAAAACAAUGGACGUCGGUGGGACAAGGCCGAUUUUUAUCAGAUAGUCAAGUCUUAUAGCGAGGAUUCUAGUAGUAACAUUGUUGUGCAUCCUGGCAGCAACCCUUAACAGUCGAAGUCCGAGUACUGCAGGUUUAUGCUAACGAAACUCAUUCGUUUCUUUGUUUGACGCUAACACAUCGCGCAGCUAGCAGGUACGGAUAACGUUAUACUCACCAACGUUAUCUAGCAAAGCUAAUAUUUUGCAGGUGAUAUGACAUGACUUAGUUAACGCAUUACUUUGUCUUGUGGGUGGUAAGAAAUAUUGUUUGGGACGUUAUUUUCUUUAAACGUUGCUAAUACAUCGUGUUCAACUGGUACUUUUAGGUAACCAGCUAGUGUAGUAUAACGUUAUAGAACUUUAUAUGGCGAGGGAAAUGUCGCUUCACGGGAAGCGAAAAGAAAUUUACAAAUACGAGGCGCCAUGGACAGUGUACGCUAUGAACUGGAGUGUACGGCCCGACAAGCGGUUUCGUCUGGCGCUCGGAAGCUUUGUGGAGGAAUACAACAACAAGGUGCAGGUGGUGGGCCUGGAGGAGGAGAGCUCUGAGUUCAUCUGCAGGAACACCUUUGACCACCCGUACCCCACCACCAAGAUCAUGUGGAUUCCAGACACCAAGGGCAUGUACCCCGACCUCCUUGCCACUAGUGGGGACUACCUGCGCAUCUGGAGGGUCAGUGACACAGACACACGUCUGGAGUGCCUAUUGAACAACAACAAGAACUCCGACUUCUGUGCACCACUUACGUCCUUCGACUGGAAUGAAGUGGAUCCUAAUCUACUGGGCACCUCCAGUAUCGACACCACCUGCACCAUCUGGGGGCUGGAGACAGGUCAGGUGCUGGGCCGGGUGAACCUGGUGUCUGGCCACGUGAAGACACAGCUCAUCGCUCAUGACAAAGAGGUGUAUGACAUCGCCUUCAGUCGCGCGGGCGGAGGCAGGGACAUGUUUGCGUCGGUGGGGGCGGACGGCUCGGUGCGCAUGUUCGACCUGCGGCACCUGGAGCACAGCACCAUCAUCUACGAGGACCCCCAGCACCACCCGCUGCUGCGCCUCUGCUGGAACAAGCAGGACCCCAACUACCUGGCCACCAUGGCCAUGGACGGCAUGGAGGUGGUGAUUUUGGACGUGCGUGUGCCAUGCACGCCCGUCGCUCGGCUCAACAACCACCGCGCGUGUGUCAACGGCAUCGCCUGGGCACCGCACUCCUCCUGCCACAUCUGCACAGCAGCGGACGAUCACCAGGCGUUGAUCUGGGACAUCCAGCAGAUGCCGCGGGCCAUCGAGGACCCUAUCCUGGCCUACACGGCCGAGGGCGAGAUCAACAACGUGCAGUGGGCCUCCACCCAGCCCGACUGGAUCGCCAUCUGCUACAACAACUGCCUGGAGAUCCUACGGGUAUAAGGCCGCCUCACAGAUGGAGGGAUGUGAAGGGGAGGAAACACGUGGGAAAGAUGGGGGUUGUGUGUGUGUUUGUGUGUUGGGGGUGGGGGGUGGUGGUGCUGGAUGAUGGCUGGGGGUGGUCUGAAUGUUGAGGCUGGAGACGUGAGGUGUAGGAGAACUGAAGAAGCAGAAUGUCUUUGAGCCCUGGGGGUGCAGUAGUUGCGGGGCUUAAGAGUGAGAGAGAUUUUAGAGGGCGUCUGGAAGGUGCUCUGAAUGUUUUUGACUGGAGUGAAGCCUGCUGCUUAGUAACCAAGGAGACAGGUUGAACACAACUUAACUGUGUGUGUGCGCAUGUGUGUGUGUAUGUUUGUGUGUGUGUGUGUGUGUGUGUGAAUGGGGGUGUCUAUAUGUGUGUACACCAUUACACCAGUCUAAAUAAUUCAUCCGGACUUUUGGACAUUCAGAUUGUUCCUGUACAGUAUUUUGUGACCAUCCAGGUCUCCGGGAAGGCGUAAUGGGAAGCGACAGAAAUAUUUUGAACCUGAAGAAAGUAAAUCUGCAAGCAACAAAACUCAAACAAACAACCCAAAGCUGGCAUAUUCUUAUGACCAUAAUGUCUUCAGUUCAGAUCAGUACUCUGUCAUACUUUAAAUGUCUCACACCCCUGUCUGUUAGUAGUGUGUUUUUAUUUGAUUUUGUAAAUGAACGAUCACAGGAGACCCAGUGAUCAUGAGAAUGGGUCUUCUAGGACAGGACUGUAUGGUAGAUCAAAUCUCCCCCAAGAAAAGAAAAGGACUGGAGUAGUACUUCUGAGGGUGAUGUGUUAAAUGCUCCCAUUUAGUUUUCUUUACCCUCAAAGCAUUUCCAUCAUGUUCAGACACUUUCACCAGGACAGUUAUGAUGGCACAUUGUGGAUAAUGACUGCACACAACCUGUAUUCAAAAUGUCUUCUUUUUCCAGAAGGAGGAUGAGACUUUAGCGUCCUCCUUUUUCUCUUCUAAUGACUGUAUAGCCUUUCUCUGCUGUGCUUUAUUUUUUUAUUUUAAUAUCUGGUCCUUUGCAUGUUGAAAACAAAGAGGGAGAUUGUGUAUAUACAUAGAAAUAUUAUGUACUCAGUCAGGUUGUAUUUGGUUUAGUGCAUUAUAUAGAUAUUGUUUGUCUGGUUUUUGUCGCUAGUCGUGAUGGUUUGAAAUCCUGACGGACGGAAUUCUCCGACCUUCCAGUCGUCUGGAAAUCCUGAGCUUUUCAUCCUGAUGUGGAACACUUGUGUAAUAUCUAUAUUAUUUUGCAAAUAGUGUGAUUAGUGAAGGAUUUGUGUAGUUUGAAGCAGUGACUGAGUUUUGUAUUUUAAUAAACAAUUUUUUUGUUUUA